GGUAGUAUCUUAGUAGGUAAUGGUUGGCGUCCCGCCCUCCGUGCCAACGCUACCCUCGGCCAGCUUCGGCUUCAUCAGCUCAUGAACGGAGACCAGUUCUCUGUGUAGGAGUACACAACGGCUAAGACGCAUUCUCGCACCCUCCAUCCCGAGGCAUUGACUGCCUAAUUUUACUAUAUUGUUGUCCGUUUUUAAAAAAGCUCGGCCUACACUGUCCAAUUGACUCUUCCGUAACGCACGCUGCCGCCCUUAGACGUCUCCGUGCGAGGCGGAGAAUUCUAAGCUGGAUUGAAGAAAAAUCGCCUUCCAAUCCGCGCAGGCAGCUUUGUGUCCAAAUAUGAAUACGCUACGGACCUUGAGGCCGCUCGCCUCGCGCCUCCAGCCGUGCACACUUCCUAGGACGGUUCGCAGCUUCUCGGCUGCGGCGGCGAGGUCCUACGAAUUCGUCCAGACAUCGGUGCCCAAGCCGGGGGUCGGACAAGUCACCCUCAACCGACCCAAUGCCCUCAAUGCCUUGUGCACGCCCCUCAUCAGCGAGCUCAACCAGGCCCUGGGCGAAUUCAACGCCUCGGAUAGCAUCUCGGUCAUCAUCCUGACGGGGUCGGAGAGGGCGUUCGCGGCCGGCGCGGACAUCAAGGAGAUGGCGCCGCUCACCUUCGCGGAGGCGUACACGAACGCCUUCAUCGAGUCGUGGUCGCAGCUCACGACGCAGGUCAAGAAGCCCAUCAUCGCGGCGGUGGCGGGCCACGCGCUCGGCGGCGGGUGCGAGCUCGCGAUGAUGUGCGACAUCGUGUACUGCACGGAGACGGCGAACUUCGGGCAGCCGGAGAUCCGGCUGGGCACGAUCCCGGGGGCCGGCGGCAGCCAGCGGCUGACGCGGGCGAUCGGCAAGUCGCGGGCGAUGGAGCUGAUCCUGACGGGGCGCGGGCUGAGCGGCGCGGACGCGGCGCGGUGGGGGCUCGCCGCGCGCGCGUUCCCGGACCACGCCGCGCUCAUGGAGGGCGCCCUGCAGACGGCCGAGACGAUCGCGGGCCACUCGCGCGUCGCCGUCAUCGCGGCCAAGGAGGUGGUCAACAAGAGCCAGGACCUCGCCCUCCGCGACGGCGUCGAGUACGAGCGCCGCGUCUUCCACAGCCUCUUCGGCACCCAGGACCAGAAGAUCGGCAUGAGAGCAUUCGCCGAGAAGAAGAGGCCCGAGUGGACGCACGGGUAAGCGAGGAGAGGAGAAGGCCCCCUUCCCUCGCCUCCCCUCACUACGACGACGUACCUACUAGUCGUGGUGCGCAGGCAUGAGGUAGGUAUGCGUAUAGAGGGGUGAGGGGGGACUAUAUGAGACCUGUCUUACCUGGGUAGGUCUGGUAGUCUAGAGAACACAUGAAGAAACCGAAUUCCAGCAUGGUUGUCAUGAUUGUUAGUGUUAUUUCGAGGCUCACUUGUUCUCCUUUUGAUCGCUUGAGGAGGUGUGGAUAUGUUAUGUGCAUGCCUAUCCCCAGAGAGCAGGAGUUGGUUGGUUUAUGCAUAGGUACCUAGACACCUAACCUAAUAGGCGGGUUAUUGGCACCCAG